GACGAGCAGUACGUGCUUAUAAUUAAAAAAAAAUUAACAAUGGGGAUGAAUUGUUGAAGUAUGCUUGAGGCGAGAAAAUAUCAAAUAUCUCGCAACAAAUUCAUGACGCAUUACACUCUUUUGCUAAAUAUCAUUUGUUACAGUCUGACUAAUUUAAAUAUACUUAUGCAUAGCUGCGUUGGUCGAUUUAUCUGCAUAAAGUGUCUGGACAAGGGAGGGAAGGAGAGUUCUUGGGUUGAUUUAUUUUAUUUAAAGUGGAACAGCGACUAUACAUCAUGUUUGGGCGAUUAAUACGAGUCUUAUUUGAUUACGCGAAUAUCCAGUCGUUCAUUUUGUUCGUUUCUGUUCUUGGCAUGUAUUACUUCAUGUUCCGGAGAAAGAAGAGCGUAUGCAACGUACCUGGACCAAAAGCAUGGUCAUUGAUUGGGAAUCUUCCUUCACUAAGCCUGCACUCAGAGCGAAAACUACUAGAAUGGCACAGAGAAUUUGGACCAGUCAUCAGAGUACAAAUGCCCAGUAACGAAUUCAUCUGCCUAGGAAGUAUGGAAGCAGUACAAGAAGCAUUUGUAAAAAAGCAGACAGUUUUUCUGAUCGAAUGCAGGGCAUUAUUCCGGGAAUAACCGGCAACGAUGGCAUCAUAUUUGUGGACUAUGGCACGAAACUGAAAGAGCAGCGGCGAUUCGCUCUUACAGCUUUGAAAGAAUUUGGUAUGGGUCGCCGUAGCAUCGAACCUAAUAUUAUCGUAAAAAGGGGAAGAACUUUGUGAUAAGAUUGAAACUUACAGCGUGAAAGGAACACCUUUUGCUAUCAACCCAAUGGUCUAUGAAACAGUAUCGAGUAUUAUCUCUCAGCUUGUAUUCAAUAAAAAUCUGGCAUUGGGAAAUGAGGGGUUCCAAAGAUUCUUAAAAGACGCAACGGAAGGACCAAAAUAUUUUGCCAUAAGUGGAUUAAUGGUAUUUUUUCCGUUGCUCAAGAAAAUACCCCCGUUUUCGUGGGUUCAUCAGGAAACUAAAAGGCGAGAAAGGGAAUUUUUGCAACUUCUACAAGACCAAAUAGAUGAUCACAAACGAACGAGGGAUCCAAAUGCUGCCCGUGACUUCAUUGAUUGUUUUUUGAACGAAUUGGAUAAUUCCGAUACAUUGGAACGAUCCGAAGAACUAGGAUACCCCGAUAAUCAAUUGAUUGGUGUCGCUCGUGAUCUAUUUUUGGGAGGAUCGGACACCACUUCUAAUUCAAUAUGUUGGGCAGUGCUGUAUCUUUCUCGUAAUCAAGACGCCCAAGCAAAAAUGUAUGCAGAAAUAUCAGAUAUUGUUGGACAAAUGGCCCCGAGUACUACGAUGUCUGAUAAAAUGCCGUACACAAAAGCCGUAAUUCAAGAAAUCCUGCGGAUGCGCCCUAUCGCACCGUUAUCACUGGGUCACCUUUCUUGUAGAGAAGAUACUAUAAUGGGAUAUCGGAUUCCUAAAGGUACACUGAUAGCAGCGAAUAUAUUCGGAAUUCAGAACAACGAAGCAACAUGGCCAGAUCCCGAUAAAUUCGAUCCCUGUCGCCAUAUCGAUUCUGAUGGUAAAUUCGCUAAAUCUACUAAUAUGAUUCCUUUUUCUAUUGGAGCUCGCCAAUGUUUGGGAAUGCAACUUGCUAACAUGGAACUCUUUUUGAUUAUUGUAUCUUUGUUCCAGAAAUAUAAAUUUGAUUUUGCAGGCAAUGUUAACAUGGAUAUGAGAGGGAAAAAUAUUUUUAAUUUGAAGUCAUAUCCUUUCAAAGUUAUUGCUAGCAAUCGUUAAAUAUUGCGUAUUUAGGAAGUAUCAGAAAAUAAAUUGUAAUCCGUCUUAUGUUUACAAUGUUAUUAUAUUUCAUUUAGGCUAGGGACAUGUGAAAUUAUUCAUAGAGCAAAUUUGUAGAUAUAACAUAACCCCAGCAGUCCUUUCGUAGAAUUUCAACCAAAUAGCAAUUGGAACCAAUUAUUGAUGUUUCUUCCUCAUUAUUGUGGAAUAUUGCAAUGGUGAUACUGGUUGUAUCUUGUAUGUUUUUACGCAAUAUUUUGUUUGUUUGUAUUUUCCAAUUUGUAAACCUACUUCAACUCAAAUAUUGCUACAUAAAUACUAGAUUCAUCAAUAUCGUUUUGGCAUUGCACCAAUCACUGUAGGCAUGGUCGGCAAAUUUUCAAUAAAAACCCAAAUAGCAGUAUCUUAAAUUAGUCGAGAUUAGAUGGAAGAUAAGAUAUGUGGGGUAUAUUUUUUCUCAACCGGGCAGUAUAGUAGGUUGCAAGAAUCGUCUUUCAUACAACUCCAUAUUCCUUACUUCCCCUACUUUCCCGCCAGGCCCUACAAAGCAAGCUGAUACAAAGGGAUUAAACACAAUUACAAUAAUGAAUAAUUCUAAUUCAUGCUACUGAGACUGAUACAGAGACGAUAUCGACGUCGAUUUAACGUUAUGUAAUCUUUUGUACACCUUCUGUAGUCACGUUCAAAGUAGGGCAUAAAUUAAAAGCACUUUUUAAAAUUGAUUUCGAUAGAAUGACUAUAAUUUGUACAAAAUACAAUAUUUUUAUAAAUUGCGAUUUUAUGUUUAUAAGUAAAAAAAUUAAAACAUCAAAAAUUUGUGUCUGUGAAUAAUCUCAUACAGGCUUUACUCAGUUUACUGUGUAAUUCUAAAGUGCAGGUUAUAAAAUAAUUCUCAUUGUAAAACUA